AUGGAUUGGCAACUCAGCUAUGGUGAACUUAGUAAGGACAAAGAUUUUGUUGACAACUGUGAGAAUCUGAAGGAAAACUUGAUGGAAGUACAGACAGUUUUGGAGCAAUUGUUACCAUUGAAGGAGCAAUACGAUAAAUUAACGCUGCCAGCACAGAUUGAACUCGAUCUCUUUUUAGCUUUUACAUUAAAUUCACUAAAUUGGAUACAUUUGCGCAUUCAAGGCAUAGAUCCUACGAAACACCCUAUAAAAGAUGAGCUACAAAGAAUAAAAGCUGUGAUGUUAAAAUGGCAAGAAGUCAAAGAUAAAGAAAAAAGACCAACUGUAAAUAUUGAUGCUGCAAAAAGAUUUGUUAGAAGUGGUUUAUACGACCCAUAUAAAGCACUUGCAAAACCUCAGAAUAAGAAAAUCAGGUUUGACAAUGACAAGGAUGAUGCUUGA